GCCCUCUCCUCUCGUGUCUCUCGAAUCUUCCCUUUCCCGCUCGUCUCCUCCUUGCCUCCAUGGAAACCCUAAUCCGUUGUCCAGUCCAUGAUAUAUCCGGCGUCCACUACAUCUGAAACCCCGUUCUAGUCUUCCUCGGGCACGCACACCUUGGCAUGACGGCUAAAGAACCCGAUCUUCGACAUGGUAUAACCGUCCUUUUUUAUUUCGUUUUUUUUCCACUAAAUGCAUUUAGAUUACGGCUUCGACUUCACAGGUUUCCUUCCCAACUUCAACGCUAGAAAAAAGAACACCUUUUUAAUUUUUGGUGCUGAAGCGUUCUCGUAGAUAGUGUGUAUGAACUGUUUGAUGUAAUGUCUCAACUGAAAAUAUUGCAAUCAACAAGAACUAGUUGCUAUUUGAUAAGAGGUACAAAUAUUUUGUGGAUGCCUAGGAGGAAGUUUUAGUGGACAUCAUUAUGCUUUAGCUCUUUAUGAAGGCAAUUGAAAUGCAGGUGGUUGUUUACAUAUCUGAAUGGAUCUUACAUCGUAUGUUCAAAGAGUAUGCAGAGGAAAGAUUUUUUUUUCUGCCCUAGUGAUUUGUCAUGCUGUGUUCAAAGAUAACUCAGCCCACUGAAUGUUUUUCUAUAACCAGCCUCAUUGUGUUUUUUCUUUAGAAACACACAGGUGGAGAAACUUCUAAAGAGUAUGCAUGAUUAAGAUCAGUUGAAGUGAAUCAAUAUAAUUGGACUAUAUAUGUGUGUAUGUUUAUACAGGACCCCUUGUGAGGCAUUAGACGUAUUAGAAUGUCAUGUAAUCCUCAGGAAACUGGUUUGUCCUAACUUUGUGACAUCAUAAAUGUAAAAUAUUGAUAAAAAAUAAAGAAACACUUUUGAUCAAUGCAUGCUAGAAAACAAAUCACGUAAAAGAUAUAUGUAAUUACAUCCCACUGUGAACGUGGGUGUGAUUGGAGACUGUAGGAGAAAUUGGGUCUAUGCUUUUGUUGAAUUGGUUUCUCUCAAGUUUGCUAAGCCUUCGGCCCAAAGUAAACUUGGCCCAAGUUGACUUCACUUCUGAAACCAAAACAAAUGCAAAGAGGGGUUUGGGUUUAGCUCACAAAUUUCCAAGGAGCAAGUACAGUUUUUGCCCUUAAGGGCACUAAACCUUACGGGCUGUAUCUUGAAUACGUUGAGCCACAAUUUUGUGGACUCAGUCUACCUGAGAAAGCUUUCUGACGUAGCUCGAGAAGUCCUCUAUAAAUUACAAGUUUCUUUCCUGCAAGUGUUACUAAGUUGCAUAUGAUUAUAACAGCUUCUGCAAUGAUUUUUUUUUUUUUGUCAUGGACUGUAAAUGCUUUAACCAAUGUGUCUCUGUGUGUAGUCAUGCAUGUGAUCUAACAGAUCAUUCCUCUUUGAUGUAUACUUUUAUGUUAUCACUGGAUGUCUCAACUUGGGAUGGGGAGGUGCAUUAGUUGCAGUGUCUUUGUCAAACUUUUUGAUAAUAGAGAACUGAAAACAGUCUGAAGAUAUAUACAGAUGACCGAGCUGAUCUCAUUUCAUGUAAGUUUCAAAGAGAUGAUGAAGAUACAAAUAAAUAAUGAAGAAAUAACAAGAGAGAAAAACAUUGAUACACACAUUCAGAGAUAGAGAAAGAGAGGAUCCAAAUGCUUGGAACCAUUAUAACAUUUGUUUUUUCCUUUGUUCUUUUCUCCCCAUUAACCUCAUGAUUAAAGAUGUCAUUAAUAUGAUUUGUUAAAGGGUAAAUUUUGGGGAUUAGCUUUCACCAAGAACCAAGAGUUGCAAUAUUAUUGCCAACUUAAUCAUUUUUUUUAUACAUACUUUGCUAUAAUUCCCAGUACAGCUAUGAAUAUGGCAAGGAAAUAAGUUCCACAAGGUGCGUGCUAUUGCAUCAUUUAAGAUCAUCAAUCAUCCCCUUCUGAAUUGAGGGGCAAGCCAGCAUAGAAAGCUACUCUUUUGAUAAAUUAUUGAGCAUGUGUUAUAUAUAUUUAGCAUUAUUUAUGGAUUUGAUUGUAAAGACUAUACGAGGGGGGAAGGAAACAUAGGAUGCUUAUCUUAGUUGAUGAAUUAUUGAGCAUGUGAUAUAUAUUUACACUAACCAUACAAGCAGCAACAACACUAAAACAAUGAGGGUAUAAGAUCCAAAGGUCAUUGAGCUGGCAAAGAAGUGCAUCUUGAGGCCACAACAAAGCCAAUAAAUGGUACAUGAUAAAGGUGGCACAAUGGUACAUCAAUUAUGAAACAUUUCAGAGAGUGAAGAACGUGGGAACCAAGACUCCAGUCCUGUGCAGGAUCUUGGUCUUGCUGUGAUUCCUCUGGGUAAUUCCAUCAGUUGGAUAAAAUGCUGGUUGUGAGGCUAUAAAUUGGAGGAAUGACCAGAUGAGCAGAUGAGGUGCAUAGGGUGGAAAGUGGUCGUAGUGGGAUGAGGUUUUGUCCCAUGCAUACAUGGCCUAGGAUGAUGAGAAAAAUUUGAAUAACAUAUAAAGGCUGUUCAAAGUAAGUUUGGUGAGUAACUUACAAGUUGACAUGGUUAUCAGCUUUUAGUUUUGCCUCGAUUAACAUAUGUUGAAAAGGCUUCAGAUGGGCAUUGACCACAGAAGAACAUAUCAAUAGUGCUUGAUCAAUGGAUUGGAUCGUGACUCCUCCACUAACAUGAUCUGACAAAUGUUUAGAGAUCAUGAGUCAAAUCUGAGAUUGGAUAAGUGAUAAAACAUGGUAAUGCUCAAGUGAUACACUUUUUCACUUCAUCGUGCAUCAUCAACAUAAUCUUUUUGUCAUUUUUGCAGGUUAAUUUCUUGUUGCAGCACUAUUGUUUAUGCCUAAUGCCCCUUUGUGCUUGAAUCCAUGAAUACAUUGGACCUGGCUAUUUAGGUGGAAACUUCCCGACUUGGCACAUUGGUUCCUUAUUUUAGGGUGACAUGACCCCAUGCCGGUGCCUUCCAAAUGCCUUAGCCUUGAGACCUUGUCUGUGCUAACCUUUUUAAUGGAGCAUUCAACCAAGAACAGGCAGAGAUGCGUAGGAGAACCAGAAGUGCUUCCCAAUGCCUGAGGGCCCGGCCGCGGAUCGACGGCGGAGGAGCGCCGAGGGAGGAGAGGAAGAGGAAGAGGAGAGGAGGCCGGGCAACGGAACGGGGAGCGGAGUCCUGCGGCCGGAAACGGCCGCGAGGUGCCCCCGCGGGGGCGCCGGCGGAGGUCGAGGAUAGGGCGGAUUACUUCGAUGGGCUUCCUGAUGAUCUCGUCGUCUCCGUGCUUUCCAAGCUCAGCUCCUCCGCUCGUCGCCCGUUGGAUCUUAUCAGCGCCAUGUUGACAUGUAAGCGAUUUCAUGGUUUGGGGCACCAUCCGCUGGUAUUGUCCAAGGUCAGCGCAGGAUGCCUCGGCGUUCGUGCGAACACGUGGUCCGAUUCGUCGCAUCGAUUCCUUAAGCGCUGCGCCGAUUGCGGGAACCUGGAAGCGAGCUAUAUGUUGGGAAUGAUUCGAUUCUACGCUCUGGAGAACAGAGGGAGCGGCGCGUCGUUGAUGGCCAGGGCGGCGAUCGGAUCGAACCCGGCAGCACUGUAUUCGUUGUCGGUAAUCCAAUUCAACGGAAGCGGAGGCUCCAAGAAUGACAAGGAUCUCCGAGCCGGCGUUGCGUUGUGCGCCCGUGCAGCGUUCCUCGGCCACGUCGACGCCCUACGAGAGCUCGGCCACUGCCUCCAGGACGGCUAUGGCGUCCGUCGGAACGUCGCCGAGGGCCGGCGCUUCUUGGUCCAGGCCAACGCCCGGGAGCUCGCGGCUGCCAUGACGUCCUGGCCCGCGUGGCAGAAGCAGCCUCGCCAGGCCGCAGCAGCGGCGGGUGCGACGUCACCAGGGUGCUGCCCCCUCCUCAGCGACUACGGUUGGAACGUGCCGGCGCCGGCCCCGCAUCCGGCCAACCGGUUCCUGGUGGAGUGGUUCAGGGAGCGGGGAUGGCCGGCCGCGGCUGCUGCGGAGGGUCUGAGGCUCUGCUCCUACAGCGGCUGCGGCCGUCCGGAGACGCGCCGGCACGAGUUCCGCCGAUGCUCGGUGUGCGGCGUAGUCAAUUACUGCUCCAGGGCGUGCCAGGCUCUGGAUUGGAAGCUUUCCCACAAGUCGGAGUGCGUCCCGACGGAUCUCCAAGCUCUCGACGGCGAUGGCGCCCCCGCCGGAGACGACGUCGCUCCCGCCGUCGACGGCGCCGCAGGCACCGACUGAUGUCAACGGCAGAGUUUCUACCAACUUUGAACUAUUACUGCUCUCUCUUUCCUUUUUUUUUUUUUUCCUUUUUGUCCCCUUUAUUUUUGUCUUGCUGAGCAUAUUGUAAUCUAAAAUAUUUUUGCUGUUCUAAUUCGAAAUUAAACCGAAAAUUCAUUUUAUCUUA